CUGAUCCAAUCCACUUCUUGUUUGAAUACGGAUUGCAGAUUCGAUUCAUAUCUCGGAAGUUGAAAUUUGGGGCUACUUCUUUGUGGGUGGAGCUGUUGUUCUACCGUAUCUCUGAUAGUUGAUCCAUUACCUUCUUUGUUUUGGACUUCAUAUGGAACACAAUAUGUAUCGAGAGGACGAGGGCUGUAUGAGUUUUUCUUACAGGGUCUUUUGGAUUUUCUUAUUGUCUUCUUCGUGAUGCCUGUGAAAGAAUUGAUGAACACGAUCGACUCUCUAAAUCCCAGAGCUUCUUGGAUCUUCUAUAGAGAAAUCCUUGUUCGGCUUUUAUGGAUUGGUUCUAAGAAAUCUUAUUUUGAUAAUGCAAAGGACCUGUUGCAGGUAUAAUUCAUCAAUCUCCUCAUAUGUUGAUAGCAGAACAUAUUUGAUCAAAUGCACCUUUUAAAGCCUGAUCCGAUACAGGAUCUCCCUCUGGUCUUCGAGCAACUCUGGUAACGAUUCUUACCGAUGCUGAUGAACCGAAACAAGCAUCUGGAAUUCUCUUAAUUGUGAAACCCUAUGAUGUUACUUUAUGGAAAAUACAGAGAAGAACAAGACAAGAAAUGCCAUUUGGUCCAAUGCAGAGGCAGUGGGGAGAAAGUCUUGUAGGUUUCAAAGAUGGUGGAUAUUUAGAUCAUUUUCUGCACCAACCUCUCCCCUAACAAGCUCCUUCCAAUUUUCAACAAAACAAAAUGUGUCAACAUCAAGCCUGUCACCGUUAUCAACAGUUUCUUUGUUUAGUAUACUUUUUCUCACCAGAAAAGCAUUUUUGAGUAGGAAAGCUCUGUAAGUAUUACCUACUUUAGCUAUAUCAGGACUUGCUCAAGAUCAAAAGAAAUGUCUUGAACAAGACUUUAAGAGUACUUAUAGUUUCCUUAUUUGACCAAUUUUGCUUUCUUUAAUUUGUUUUCCAGUAAGUAUCUUAAGAAUCUUGGACUUCAGCUUCAGGAUUUUCCAAUGCUUCACCUAUCUCAUUUCCAGAGACAAAUAUUAGGGCUCAUGGGUUGAUACAAAGGAAGGAUAUACAAAUAUAAAAUUUGUUAUAUAUUAGAGAAUACCAAAUACAUCAAUGAGUUAUGAAAUGGAUAAACCCUGUCUCUUUUGGCCUGCCUUGUGGUGACAUCUGUUGUUUGCUUGAUUAAAAAAUCAUUUAUCUGUUUGUUUUGUCAGCGAAUGAUUAAAAAAAUGAUUUGACUAUGUUUGCUUUCUCGUCAAAUUUCUGUACUGCCCCUUGUUCUCCCCCACCUAAACCUUUCUGUAGAAACUUUGGAAUCUUUUCUGAGCAGGCAAAGUGGCUGAUCAUGUUAUUAUGUUUGCAGGUCUCUAAUAUAUAACAAAUUGGCUGAUCAUGAUAUUAACCUGAAGUCACAGGAUCUCGGUAUCUUGAAUUGUGUCCGAGAAGAAGGAAAGAAGCACGUGGUGAAUGGACAUUAAAGAGAGAGGGAAGGUCGACUUGAUAUAAAUAUAGAAAUAAGAAGCAGUUAGUGGUUGCGAAGAAAGGAGACAAGCGACCAAAUCUUUGAAGAAGUAUUAGUAAAGAGAAGGUAAAAAACAAGAAGGGAGACCGUUGUUAGAUACAGAAGUUGAUCAAACAUGGGAAGAUCUCCUAGCUCAGAUGAAACUGGUCUGAAGAAAGGUCCAUGGUUACCUGAAGAAGAUGAUAAACUCAUCAAUUAUAUUCACAAACAUGGCCAUAGCAGCUGGAGUGCCCUUCCCAAGCUUGCUGGUCUUAACAGGUGUGGGAAGAGUUGUAGGCUACGAUGGACAAACUAUUUGAGACCAGACAUUAAGCGAGGAAAAUUCUCGGCUGAAGAAGAAGAGACCAUCCUGAACCUUCACGCGGUUCUUGGAAACAAGUGGUCAAUGAUUGCAAGCCAUUUACCUGGAAGAACAGACAAUGAGAUCAAGAAUUUCUGGAACACUCAUCUGAAGAAAAAACUGAUCCAGAUGGGUUUUGACCCCAUGACCCAUCGGCCAAGAACUGAUGACAUCUUCUCAAGCUUAUCUCAGCUCAUGUCUCUGUCUAACCUGAGAGGACUUGUUGAUCUGCAGCAACAGGUUCCAAUUGAAGAGCAAGCUUUACUGAAUCUCCAAGCUGAGAUGGCUAGGCUCCAGCUGUUCCAAUACCUUCUUCAACCUCCUCCUCCUAUGAAUAGUAGCAGCAUUAACCCUAAUGACUUAAACAUUCUCAAUCUCCUCAUCAAAGAAAACUCCAAUACCAGUAAUCUCGACCUUGGUUUCCUCACUUCUCAUCUUCAAGACUUCAACAACAACCUCCCAUCCCUCAAAAACAUAGACAAUAAUCACUUCAGUCAAAAAAGUUCUCCAAUAUGGUUCCAUGAACCACCGAGCUUGAACCAAACUAUGUUGCCUUCUCAUGAUCCUUGUGCUCAGAGUGUAGAUGGUUUCGGUGGCAACCAGGCCUCCUCAAGCCAUGACCAAGAAAUAGCAAUCACAGAUGUUGUAGAAUGGCCUGAUCAGCAUCUAUUUGAUGACUCCAUGUUUCCAGACAUUCCGUAUCAGUCUUAAGUAAGGUAUGCAUGUAUAUGUUUCAAAAGAACCUUGAUUGUAUUUAUUUGGUACUGUUGUGCUUGUGCAUGUUGGUUCAGUAUCUCCACGUUAAUUUAUAUAAUGUCAAAUGUGUGAUAUAGUGUCUUAGAAUGUACAUGUUGUUUGACGUUUGUGUUCUUCGUAAGAACAUUCUAUAUGUUUGAAUAUCUAUUGUCCUCGCCGUACGUAUAGUAUAUAGAGACCAACCAACGAUUGUUCAGAUGAUGAUCUCUAAAUUUGUGUAGUAAAAAUGUUCUUGUUUUUUUCAA